UUGACGCAAUCUUCUCUUCCUGAGUCCACCCUCCCUUACUUUCAUACCAAACAGUUCCGACGAAAGAGAGAGUAGCCAGUAACCAGUGAGUCCGGCCGAACAGUUUCAGCGCACCAGUUGAAAGAUUCCAACCGUACGUCACAUGGAUGGGAUUCCAGUAAACACCGAAAAACAAUCCUUCGAAUCAUCGAACAGCAUACGUCCAGCGGAACACUGUGAUCUAUUAUUCGCAUCAAAUUAAAUUAAAAAAUACAAUAAAGAAAAGAGAAGAGCACAGUCAGUAUGAAGCAAGAUAUAUGACAAGGGAAAUCACGAAGAAUCAAUAUGAUCAAGAAUGAUAUUUACACUUUUAGCAGUAACAACAGCAAUCAAGACAAGUUUAGCCAUAAUCGGAACAGGGAUAUGGCUUAUACCGAUGUUGAUUGCUGGUUUGGCUUACUAUCGCUAUGACAGCGUAGAUCCGGAAUCGCGUUUGAUGAACACGCGCCAAUUAUUACCGGAAUAUGAUUUCGUAAUAAUUGGAGGUGGAACGGCAGGAGCAGUGGUAGCGAGCCGCCUCUCAGAAGUGCCACAUUGGAAAAUUCUAUUGCUCGAAGCAGGUCCCCAAGAAAAUGAAAUAUCUGAUGUACCCUCUUUGGCUGCCUACCUUCAACUCUCCAACAUCGACUGGCAAUACAAAACUGAACGAACAGGGAGAUCAUGUCUGGCUAUGAAAAAUGGAAGAUGCAACUGGCCAAGAGGAAAAGUUCUCGGAGGGUCCAGCGUCCUGAAUUAUAUGCUUUAUGUAAGAGGAAACAAGCAUGACUACAAUAAUUGGGAAGCUGCAGGGAACACUGGCUGGGGCUACAAAAAUGUAUUACAUUACUUCAAAAAAUCUGAAGAUAACCGCAAUAAUUACUUAAUAGGUCCGUAUCAUUCGAGGGGCGGUUUCCUCACUGUGCAAGAAGCGCCAUGGAGAACUCCUUUGGUUCUUGCCUUCCUUCAGGCCGGCGAAGAACUGGGCUAUCCAAAUCGGGAUAUUAAUGGAGCACAGCAAACUGGUUUUAUGAUAGCUCAGGGGACUAUUAGAAGAGGUAGUAGAUGCAGUACGACAAAAGCGUUUCUAAGGCCUGUUCGUCAGAGGCGAAAUUUGCAUAUAGCUAUGAAUGCCCACGUAACAAAAAUACUCAUAAAUGGAAAAAAGCGUGCAUACGGAGUACAAUUUGUAAGAGAUGGAAUAAGACAAGCUGCACUUGUGAGAAAAGAGGUAAUAGUAUCAGCAGGAGCUAUAAAUUCACCACAGAUAUUAAUGCUUUCUGGUGUUGGGCCUGGUCAACAUCUCCACAACUUAGGCAUUCCGGUAAUUAAAGAUCUUCCAGUAGGUGAAAAUUUGCAAGACCAUGUAGGAAUGGCCGGGUUGACAUUUAUCACAGAAAAACCGGUUGCUAUAGUACAAGAUAGACUGAAGGCUGUGCCAGUGACUCUGGAAUAUGUUGUAAGAGAAAAAGGACCGAUGACAACAUUAGGAGGUGUUGAGGGUUUAGGCUUUGUCAAUACAAAAUUUGCCAACCACAGUGAAGAUUAUCCUGAUAUUCAGUUCCAUAUGGCACCUGCUUCGAUUAACUCAGAUUCAGGAGUGAGAGUCCGCAAGAUUCUCGGCUUGACAGAUUAUGUUUACGAUAAGAUGUUUAGGCCAAUAAAUAAUAAAGAUUCUUGGACAAUAAUUCCAUUACUUCUGAGACCGAAAUCAAGAGGUUGGGUAAAACUCAGAUCAAGUAAUCCAUUUCAUUACCCUAUUGUCAACCCAAAUUACUUCCACCAUCCUCAGGACAUUCAGACAUUAACAGAAGGAGUAAAACUUGCAUUACGAGUGGCUAAUGGAAAAGCAUUUAAACAGUUCAGAUCGAGGCUUCAUCGCAUACCAGUUCCAGGAUGUCAGUGGUACCCAUUUGGAUCAGACAAAUAUUGGGAGUGCGCAAUCAGACACUUUACAAUGACAAUUUACCAUCCUGUCGGUACAUGUAAAAUGGGCCCAGCACAUGAUCCUGAAGCAGUGGUUGACCCACGUCUAAGAGUCCAUGGCUUAGGAAAUUUACGAGUUAUAGAUGCUUCUAUAAUGCCAACAAUAGUUAGCGGUAACACGAAUGCACCUACAAUUAUGAUAGGAGAAAAGGGAGCUGACAUGAUCAAACAAGACUGGUUAGAACAUAAAUCGAACUAGCAAAUGAUUAUAUUAACGCAUUUUAAAAUUACAAAAAAAAUAUUGUUUAUUAUGGUUUAUCUAUAAAUUAAGACAUUUGUUGAAGGGACCGUGAACUACAUAUUAAUUGUAAAAUUAACGUCCCUAUGAAUAUUGUGCCAGACUUAAAUUUCUUGGAACUGUAGUUACUAUCUAGUAAGAGUCAUUAAAGCAUAAUUUGCAAACGUGUAGGAAUCAUAUCCUACUAACUAUAUAAGACACUAAACAUAUGUAUAAAAUUAAACCACGAGUGUAUAUGCACAAAAUUGUGAAUAUUGUAAAAUAAAAUUGUACAUUAUAAAUUUA